AAGGAGACAAAUAGUAUAAAUAAAAGAUAAUAGGCUCACAGAAUGACAACAGUCUGUGUUACCUGAGCCUUUUGUGGCACGUUUUCCCCUUUUUUUAUUUAUUUUUUUGACCUGAAUGAUGGAUGAGCCCGCGAGGCCCGCCACGCCGCAGUACCGCCUCUGUCCGGAAGAUGGCGCCCUCUGCCCGCGCGCGCGCGCCUCUCCGGGGCGCAGCGGGGAGGCACCAUUGACUGGAGCCUAACGACCAUUAUUUCGUCAUCAUUUGUAACCAUGGAGCAUGAAUUACCUCUUGAAGUCAUCAGUGAGGAUUUACGACUGGUCAACAAAGGCACGUGAUUCCCGAACGCGCGCCCAUAUUUGGCCGCAUACCUGGCAAAGUACAGUAGGGGCUUCAUUGCUUAUAAUUCAUGAUUGCGUCCAUAAAUCGUGCAAGCACACAGGAUUAUAGCGACAAAGAUCUACAAAUCGAGGCUUUAAAAAUCCAAGCAAAUGAGCUCUUACUUUGUAAACUCGUUCUCAGGGCGCUAUCCAAAUGGCUCCGACUAUCAGUUACUAAAUUAUGGGACUAACGGCGCUGUGAGCGGCUCCUUCAGAGACCCCGGCACCAUGCACUCCGGGUCUUUCGGCUACAACUACAAUGGCAUGGACCUAACGGUGAACCGCGCCAACACCGGCGGCGGCCACUUCGGUGCCGUGCGGGAGGAAGCGCGCGGGUUCGGGCCGGACGCCCGCUACAGACAGACGCCCAGCUGCUCAUCGCUGUCGUCCCCAGAGCCGGUGCCGCCGGUGCCGCCGCCRCCGUCGUGCGCCACGGCCGGCCGGGAGCUGCCCGCGGAGCUGAAGGGCGCCUCCUCUCCCCCAGCUGACCGGAGCGCGACCUCGGCGCCGGGCGGUCUGGGCAAAGCCGGCGGCGGCGCGCAUUUCGCGGAGAUCGAGGACGGCACGGUGGGGAACGAGACCGAGGAAGGCGCGCACGGCAGCGGCGGAGGAGGCUCCGGCUCCCGGGCUCAGCAGCAGCAGCAGCAGCAGCAGCAGCAGCAGGAAGCCAACGCCACCUCCUCCACCCCCACACCAAACGACUGCCAAACGCCACAAAUAUUCCCCUGGAUGCGCAAACUGCACAUAAGUCAUGAUAUGACCGGACCUGACGGGAAAAGGGCCCGAACCGCGUACACCCGGUACCAGACGCUAGAGCUGGAGAAAGAGUUUCACUUCAAUAGGUACCUAACCAGACGGCGGAGGAUAGAGAUAGCCCACGCCCUGUGUCUUUCCGAGAGACAGAUCAAAAUCUGGUUUCAGAACCGCAGGAUGAAGUGGAAGAAAGACAAUAAACUGAAAAGCAUGAGCCUCGUAACCGGAGGCAGCGCCUUCCACAACUGAACAACUUUUUGUUCUUUUUUUUUUCUUUGUUUGUUUCGUGGAGAAGAAAGAGGUUUAAAAUGUUAAAUAUUAGAGGGUUAAAAAAAAGAAAGAAAUGAGUGUAAAGCUCUAAAAAAGCGCAGCACCUUCCAGCAUGCCGUGAUUAGAAACAAGUCUGUGGAUUUUUAGUUGUGUUGUAGUUUAGAUGUCCUGUUUGGAGAGGGAGGAAAAAAAAACAUGUCGUUGCUCUUUUCUCUCCUUCUGUCUCUUGAUCUUUAUUCUUGAGUAAAUUCAUUAAAAUGAAAGAA